UCUUCCUGUGUUAAAACUAAUUCUGGACACUUGGACGUUCUCGCUGGGUUUCUUUCGACGUUUAUUUCGGCUUCAUCCGGACUCGCGCGGCUCGGAUUUAAACAAACAGCACAGCAGAAGAAUCUCGAGGGAUACGUCGGCUUCGCCAGCCUCCCCAACCAGGUCUACAGGAAGUCUGUGAAACGGGGCUUCGAGUUCACGCUAAUGGUCGUGGGUGAGUCAGGCUUGGGCAAGUCCACGAUGAUUAACUCUCUCUUCCUCACCGAGCUGUACUCCUCGGAGCACCAGGGCCCGUCGCACAGAGUCAAGAAAACCGUGCAGGUGGAGCACUCCAAAGUGUUGAUGAAGGAGGGCGGAGUUCAGCUGCUGCUCACCAUGGUGGACACUCCGGGGUUUGGAGACGCUGUCGAUAACAGUAACUGCUGGCAGCCGGUCAUCGAUCACAUCGACAGCAAGUUCGAGGAUUACCUGAACGCAGAGUCGCGCGUUAACAGGAGGCAGAUGCCCGACAACAGAGUUCACUGCUGCCUGUACUUCAUCGCUCCUUCAGGACACGGACUGAAGCCGCUGGACAUCGAGUUCAUGAAACGGUUGCACGAGAAGGUGAACAUCAUCCCUCUGAUCGCCAAGGCGGAUACCCUCACCCCCGAAGAGUGCCAACAGUUUAAGAAACAGAUCAUGAGAGAAAUCCAGGAGCACAAAAUCAAAAUCUACGAGUUUCCAGAGACCGACGACGAAGAGGAGAACAAGCUCGUGAAGAAGAUCAAAGAUCGACUUCCUCUGGCUGUAGUCGGCAGCAACACCAUCAUCGAAGCGAACGGGAAGAAGGUUAGAGGGAGGCAGUACCCAUGGGGUGUGGCAGAAGUUGAAAAUGGAGACCACUGCGAUUUCACCAUUCUGCGGAACAUGCUCAUCAGGACCCACAUGCAGGACCUGAAGGACGUCACCAACAACGUCCACUACGAGAACUACAGGAGCAGGAAGCUGGCCGCCGUCACCUGCAACGGCAUGGACAACAACAAGACCAAAGGACAGCUCACCAAAGCUGACUCGGUCGAAGGCAUGAGCCCCCUGGCGCAGAUGGAGGAGGAAAGGCGAGAGCACGUGACUAAGAUGAAGAAGAUGGAGAUGGAGAUGGAGCAGGUGUUUGAGAUGAAAGUCAAGGAGAAGGUCCAGAAGCUGAAAGACUCCGAGGCAGAGCUGCAGCGGCGCCACGAGCAGAUGAAGAAGAACCUGGAGGCUCAGCACAAGGAGCUCGAGGAAAGGAGACGUCAGUUCGAGGAGGAGAGAGCGAACUGGGAGAGCCAGCAGCGCUUCCUCGAGCAGCAGAAACUCGACGCCUCCAGGACUCUGGAAAAGAAAACGAAAAAAGGGAAGAUAUUUUAAAAACGCGCUCGCGAGACGACCGCGUUGUUCAUCGCCGCUUCCCCUGAGCUCCUGAUAUCCGCCAUAAACGCCACAUUCGGCUCACAGCUGGACGCAUACACACAGCCGGGUGUGGACUGAAGCCAAACCCUUAUAAAUGUGUAUACACACACACACACACACACACACACACACACACACACACACACACACAAAUCUAAACUCUUCUAGUUUUUUACCUCCUGACCUCCGAUGUGAAUUAUGUGGUUUUCUGUCAUCGUUGUUGCCUACCUUGAUGUCAAAAACAAAGAAAUUUUAACAAGGGCAAUAUAUAAUGUGUGUGUAUAUGUAUGUAUACACACACAUACAUAUAUACACACACGCGCGCGCACACACAGGGUGUCCUAAAAGUCUUCAUACUUUUGGGUGGAAAUUAACACUUUUUAGCGAAAUGUCUUCCAAAAUGUUUCAUAAUUUAGUUUAUAUUAUAUCUUUUUUUUUUCCCCACAGAUAGCUUUUGAGAGUGCUUUUGACAAAAGAAGGCCGUGGCGUAGUAGGAAACGAUAUACAGCACACAUCAUUUAAAGGAACGCAUUCGAAUUGCACCGACCUGCAUAACCGCAGACGUGUUCACUCGAGUUCAUCACGAGCGUGAGAGACGAGUGUGUGUGUUUACAAAGACAUGUUUCGUAAAUAAGGUUACAUUGUGCCAAAAUGUUCAUUCGCCCCGUGUAUGAAUACUUUUUGCGACACCGUGUGUGUGUAUGUGUGUGUGUGUAUGUAUAGUACGUACACACACGUAUAUGUAUGUAUUAAAAACGUUAACGAGUUACACGGAGUGAAACGCAAACCAGGCCACUCUGGGGCCGUUAAUUAAAACCGUCUCUAUCCUCAGACCACUUCAUUAUAGCUUCGUGACUAUUAAUAUUUCCGCUAGUUUAUUUUUAUAUAUAAAUGUAUGUACGCGUAUCCGGAGCCAGUUAAAAUCCCGAACGUUUAGUUGUGUUUUUUUUUUUUUUUUUUUUUUCUUUCCAGUAUGUUCGAAUACUCGGACGGUUUUGUUAAAGUUUUGACCUCACGUUCAGGCCGUUGAGGAAACCACAGCGAUUCCGGUGUUUGUGUGUUUAAAGCUGUGUAAAGCUACACCUCGUCUAACAUCACCUGAUCUGUUCUAUGGAAGAAAAGAAAAUGUAACGCGUAUCUUGACACAUUUGGUUCUAUAUGUAUUCCUUUUCUGUUGGUUUUUUUUUUUUUUUUUAAUUAUUAUUUUGCAUUUGUUAUUGUACAGUCACUUAAUAAACAUGUGGUUAUGGAGUGAGGUAAUGUGACAUACUGAUGUUCCCACAGUUCAAAGCAGUAUUCCAUUGUUUUUCAUUUUUAUAGUGAUGUCUAACUGAUUUACGGUGGACCUCGAAAUAUUCUUCAGUAAAAACCCGUCUGGACAACAUA